AACCUUACCGCAGACCAUUUCUCCAACUUACAUACAAAGUAUAAAUAGAGAUGCUUGGCAUGUGAUUUCAAUUCGUGGAUCACAUAAACACUACAGCAAUUACCAAAGACAUAAAAAUAAUUUUCAUUUGUCAAAAAAGAAGCUUCACUUUUUCUAGUGGCCUUUGAAUUUUAGGCAAAAGAAGCCAAAUAUUAAUUCAAUCCCGAUCAUAUAUUUUUCUCUUUUGCCUUUUUCUUUUUACUAUCAUCAUCGUGGGAGGAAAAAAAAGUAAGCAAAGCCAUAAAUGCGAGUUGGUUUGUGUAGGUUAUUGUCAUCACCUUUGGCUUAGCAACUAAGAUUACUCCCUUCCCUUUGCCUUAUACAUCUUCCACUUAACUUCUUCUCUUGUUAUAUAUACAGCCGCUACUUUCAAAUAACAAACUAUAUUUCUAUAUCUGUCUGUUAUAUAGCUGCUUUCUUGGAACCCCAAUAUCUUUAUUAGCACAGAUAGUAAAGACAAACCCCAAGAUUUUCUUGAAUCAGCCAAAAAAAAAAUGGAGUUUUAUGCAUAUCCAUCUCGUGCUUUGCCUUCAUCAUCUUCUAUUUCUUCUUUUUCAAUUGGGGAUUUGGUUGAAAGGGUUAAAGAUUGUUUCAGCCUUGCGGUUUCUACAAUUGUCGGCAAUGUAUUCUCUGCAAUCUUCACCUUCUUCUUUGCACUAGUGGGAACUUUAUUAGGAGCAAUGACUGGAGCUUUGAUUGGGCAAGAAACAGAAAGUGGAUUUGUUAGAGGUGCUGCAGUUGGUGCCAUAUCUGGUGCUGUUUUCUCUCUUGAAGUCUUUGAAUCAUCUCUAUUACUAUGGCAGACUGAUGAAUCUGGAAUUGGAUGUCUUCUUUACUUGAUUGAUGUAAUUGCGAGCCUAUUAAGCGGCAGACUAGUUCGUGAGCGGAUUGGUCCAGCUAUGCUAAGUGCAGUGCAAAGUCAGAUGGGAGCCGUUGAAACUGCAUAUGACGAGAUCCCUAACAUUUUCGAUAUAGGUGGUGCAAAGGGUUUGCCUUGUGAUUCUGUUGAAAAGAUCCCUAAGAUUGUAAUUACUAAUGAUAACGAUGUUGAUGAUUCUGGAGAGAGAGUCUCCUGUUCAGUCUGCCUACAGGACUUUCAACUGGGAGAGACUGCUAGAUGUUUACCACAAUGUCAUCACAUGUUUCACCUUCCGUGCAUUGAUACAUGGCUGUUGAGACAUGGAUCUUGUCCAUUGUGCAGAAGGGAUCUGUAGGUGACUGUACUCUGUAUAUGAUAACAUGGUUUUUUAAUUUCUUCGUACUCGCUCUUAGGAUUUCUCUCUCACUUGUACCAAUUUUCCUGGAAAUAUGAUGUAAUUAGAGUAUGUGCUCCUUUGAGCUUGAUCUUUGUAGUUGAUUACCCUCCUGUAUAGAAUUUUGAGCAAUCAUAGUGUACUCUACUUCCACGAAGUAGCACUUUGUA